AUGACCUAUUUCAAAGAACAGCUUGAGCAGUCUUCAGUAGUCUUCAUGGAGAACCAGAGCUCUCACUUGAGGAGAGGCUGUAUAUAUGGAGCAUUUUUUAUACACAUAAUACACUGCGUAAUACAUACUAAUUAUGCUUGUUAUUUUCAGGUUAAGAGAAUCCAGAGUGUACCAUUAGUGAUUGGUCAGUUUCUAGAAGCAGUUGAUCAAAACACUGGUAUUGUUGGUUCAACCACAGGUUCAAAUUAUUAUGUAAGAAUCUUGUCAACAAUAGAUAGAGAAUUGUUAAAGCCAUCAGCAUCUGUAGCACUCCACAAGCAUAGUAAUGCUCUCGUUGAUGUAUUACCUCCAGAAGCAGACUCCUCUAUAUCUAUGUUACAAGCAGAUGAGAAACCGGAUGUUGCUUACUCAGAUAUUGGAGGUUUGGAUAUGCAGAAGCAGGAGAUCAAGGAAGCUGUAGAGCUCCCACUUACUCACUUUGACUUGUACAAACAAAUUGGUAUUGACCCUCCCAGGGGUGUACUGAUGUUUGGGCCUCCUGGGUGUGGUAAGACCAUGCUUGCUAAAGCUGUUGCACACCACACAACAGCAUCUUUCAUUCGUGUGGUUGGGUCAGAAUUUGUACAGAAAUAUUUGGGUGAGGGGCCACGUAUGGUGAGAGAUGUUUUCCGAUUAGCCCGAGAAAAUGCCCCAGCUAUUAUCUUCAUAGAUGAAAUAGAUGCUAUUGCUACAAAAAGAUUUGAUGCCCAGACUGGUGCUGAUCGUGAGGUGCAGCGAAUCUUGCUUGAAUUACUUAAUCAGAUGGAUGGUUUUGAUCAGACAACCAAUGUGAAGGUGAUAAUGGCUACCAACCGUGCAGAUACUCUGGAUCCUGCUCUUUUGCGUCCUGGUCGUCUGGAUCGUAAGAUUGAAUUCCCAUUACCGGAUCGACGACAAAAACGUUUAAUAUUCUCGACUAUUACUGGAAGAAUGAACUUAAGUGAUGACCUCGAUUUAGAAGAUUAUGUAGCUCGUCCUGAUCGUAUAUCUGGAGCUGAUAUUAAUGCCAUUUGCCAAGAGGCUGGUAUGCAUGCUGUACGAGAAAAUAGAUAUAUUGUGUUGGCAAAGGACUUUGAGAAGGCUUACAAAAAUAACGUGAAGAAGGAUGAGUCUGAUCAUGAAUUUUAUAAGUAAUAUUUAUAUUGGUAGGUUAUAUAACAAGAGUGACAAAAUUAGCUGUUCAAAUGCAGUGUAAUAGUUUCAUAUUUUUUUUAAGUUCAGAAUGGAAGGCAAGUAUUGAUUAUUUAGUUUUAAAAGUCGUAACCCAUUGUGUCAUCACUUGAUAAUUUAUUGGUCCAUGAAUAGAUUUAAACAUAGGGGAUGAAACUUAUUAUGCUGCCAUACUUUAAUAUAAAGCAUUGUAACUUCUGCUAAUCUCUGUUUCACAAACAUCAGAAGUCUACGUCUUGUAGAAUUACUGGUAUGCAGUUUAUAAUAAAAUUAUAUAAUUUAUCAAAACUGUU